CCCAGUAUCUUAUCUUAACCCUUAAACCAUUAUUCUUCCAUCUACCCUAAAGUCACUUAAUUCUGGUCUCUACUUACUAAGGUAGGACCUCAGGCCUGACUGGUGUAAAUUAGCAAGGACAGGGAUGGCAGACAAACUGGGACAACCUGUUGGUGCUGCAGAUGAGCCCAAUGCUUUGAGCAUCUUCUCUCUGCUUGAGCGUGUGUCCGGGAUCAUUGACAAUGUGCAGGCGUGCCAGCAGCGCAUGGAAGAGAGGCAGCUGGAGCUGGAGAACAAUGUCAAGAGCAUCCAGGCAGAUGUAGUAAAGCUGACCAAGGAGCACAACACCACCAGCAGUACUGUGGAAAAGCUGCUGGAGAAAACACGGAAAGUCAGCUGUCACAUCAAGGAUGUGCGCGUCCGCGUGGAAAAGCAAAAUCUACGUGUCAAAAAAGUGGAAGAGACGCAGGGUGAGCUGCUAACCAAGAACAAGUUUCGUGUGGUUAUCUACCAGGGUGAGCAGGAGCUGCCAGCUGUAGUGGCUCCCAAGGGCUCCCCAAAAGAAGAAGCAGGUGCCAGCGCUUCCGCGGAUCCGGAUGCCCCGCUUCCCGACUCUGAUGAGGAAUACAUGGUUGUUGAGGAGGGUGACUCCACGGCUGCUAAGCUGAAGAAGACCGGCCUAAAGCGCAUUGAGAGUCUGAAGAACACCUUUUCUCGUGAGAACAUGACCAAGACCAAGGAGAACCUCGGCAACAAAGUAAACAAGCUCGGUGAGCGCAUAGUGACGGCCGAGCGGCGUGAGAAGAUCCGUCAGUCGGGUGAACGUCUCAAAGAAACCAUCACGAAGAAUGUUCCAGCAAAGCUCAACCUGAAGAAGGAGAGAACUGUGGCUGAGGGUCAGGAAGGGGCCGAAGGGACCACAGAGAGCGCAGCGCCCAUUCCACCGCCUAAAGGCCGUAAAUCCAGUCCAGAUGUGGCUUACACAGAGCCCACACUGAAGCAAGAAGGAGCAGGAGAGGGCAAAGCAGAGGAAACGGAAGUGCCAAUGUUUGAUAUGAAGCAGCUCUCCUAAGCAGAAAGUCAGGCAAAGCAAAGGAGUGCUUUUGGGUUUGGGUCACUUUUUCGGGCAAUGCUCACUUCCUGGUGAGAAAGUUAAAUAUGGAAUUGGAGCACAAGAUGGUAAAGAAAUGGGCCAGCUAGAGAUCCAAUGAAAAGAAGUAUGGAGCACCCACGCAAAAAAGACUUGAUGGAUGGUUUUGACAUGUAACAGAUGGAAUAUGGAAAGUCCUCUAGCACAUCAACAGAAUUUAAUCGAUUUUUUUUUUUAUUUUUCCUUUUUUUUACAUUUAUUAUGGACUCAGAAACUUGGAUGGAAAACGUAUGUUGAGUAACAGGAAAUAAGUGCACUGUGGGCGUUUUCACGAAUGUAUAAUUUUUAACAUAUUCUAGUGCUGACUUGCGUUCAUCUUUUUUCGCAUGUAACAUCAUGUAUGUGUUUUCUGUGACACUGCAGUACAGUUUUCAGUUAGCUUUGCUGUCUGACCUUGAUAAUCUCGCGUAAUAAACCUACACACAAACUAAAUCA